UAACAGUGAAUUAGUGCAUGUAGACUGGAAAAGUCAUCUUGGGAAAAUGGUCCCUCCACAAUUUCAGUAAUGUGGAAUGCACUUGUUCAAACUGAUGGAGACUCGAGUUGUUGCAGUCUUACGGAGGAGGAUUCUCCAGAUCAUGCAUAGUUUAUGCUAAUGCCACUAUAUAUAAAUGGCCACCAAUCAUUUUCAUGAUUGGGUGUUUAUUGUGUGAGCCCCCUAAUCUUGUGGAAAACGUUGAAAAGGAAAAGCAUAACCAAUUAAUUUGUGAAGGGCCACAAGGUGAAGGACAUAUCUGAUGGGGGAGAAUUCUGGACCAAAAUAUGCCUUCACUGUUUAUCUUUUUCUCUAUCUUUAGUGUUAGUUCUUUAGACGCUUCUUCAGGCAUGCCAUGACCGGUUGGCUUCAGUCAAUUUGUAGGACAAUGCCGUGUAGAAACCCACUGUCCAGGAAAGCCCUAAAAUUCUAGCUUUCUACGACUCUUUUGUCCCCUUUGCCUUGCUUAAAUGGUUAUAAAUAUAUCCUGCAGAAAAAAUCUGUGAUGAAAACCCUAUUCUGUGGUGUAUAUUUUGUAGGGCACGGCCAUGCCGGAAGUAUUAGAAACAGUCUGAUAAUGGAAUUGUCUCCAUUGAAAAAUCUGUGAUGAAAAUCCUGUUCUGUGGUGUAUAUGUUGUAGGGCACGGCCAUGCCGGAAUUAUUAGGAACAGCCUGAUUAUGGAAUUGUCUCCCUUGUCAUAUAUGAAUUUAAUCCUUUAACCCGACCAUGUCCAACAUACCUACUUCUCUCGGCGAACUCUGUCUGACUGCUUUCAGGCUUGCCAUUUCUGUGGCAGAUCCAUGGCCUUUUUCUGUUUUCUGUGAGAGAUAGAGGGUUUUGCCGUUUCCGGUUACCCUGUAAAACUAGUAGCUUGUAAAUAUGGGCUUCAGAUUAGGUCAUAGGAUGGUGAAGAUCUGGAAAUGGUUAAAGCGAUCGAGGAGAUCCAGGGGAUACACUCCGCUGCAGAUGCAAGACCGAAAGAGUAGAAAGAUAAAGCGGCCCCUGCGCAUGGGAGGCAGCAAGUCAGGUGGAGGUUACCUUAAGUGUCAAGCUUCGGAUUCCUUUAAUAAUGGCGGAGAAAGUUGUGUGAGCCUUCUGCAUUCUCCUCAAAAUAGGGCAAAGGAAAACCGCCGCGGCCGUCAAUUUCAUCUUCCUCACUUGGAACUGCAGAGGCUGAAAAAUUUUCAGUGGAAUUUUCAUCUGCCGCAUAUCGGACAUGGUGAGAGAAAUAGUCCGAAACAUGUGCCAAAGGGUUGUUUGGCUGUGUACGUAGGACAAGGUGAGGAGCCUCAUCGUUUUGUGGUUCCAGCGGUUUAUUUUAACCAUCCUCUGUUUGGCGAACUGCUCAAGGAAGCCGAAGAAAAGUACGGCUUUAAACAGACAGGCCCUAUAAAUAUUCCCUGCCAAGUCUCAGAUUUCGAGAACGUAAAGAGACAAAUUCACACAGAAUGCUCACAGAAGCAUUAGCUUACGCCAUUGAAAGGGCCAAAUGCUUUGGUACCAGGUAUAAAGAUAUAUGUUCUUUGCGGACAGCAAAAUUCGAUUUGAAAUUAGGCUUUUUAAUACAAAUAUGAAACAUAAUGUAAAUUCUUCAAUUCUUUGAGAUCUGGCGAUUCUCAUGGAUGCGUUCAUGUCUCUGGUUUCAUGAUCACUAAAUCUCCAGCGUGAAUAGGGAUCUCGUCUAACAAUCUGUGAAAUUUAUUUGCAAAUUUCAAAGAACAAUUUAUCUAUUGAAUUAAAUUGCCGUCAAAGUUAGAUUA